AUGGUGCCAGAAGAGGAGCUGAGUGAAGCAGCCGAGUCCUGGUUCAUUCCGCAUCACAUGGUGAGCCACAACGGAGAAAACAGGAUUGUCUUCAGGUGUUCCUUCAUGUAUAAGGGAGACAACCUCAAUGAGCUGCUGCUGCCUGGCCCCAGCCUGAGUUCCAGUGUGCUUGUCUCUGCUUCCCCCAAUGAGACUGAGAUGGAGGCAGACAGUCAUGUGACUCUCCACUGCCUCCUGCACACACGAGACAACUGUAGCAGAUCAGUGAGAGAUGAAGGAGUUAGUCUGAGCUGGGUGGAUGACACAGGUAAAGAGCUGCAGAACAUCAACAAUCUCCAGAUCAGAACCAUACCUCCCUGUUCCAUCACACUGACUGAGGAGCUCAGAGGUCCAAACCCUGUUCAUACUCGGACAUGCCAGCUGACUGCAGGAGGGCAGGUUCAGACUUCUGUCUCCCACACCAUCAGAGUGAAAGGUGUCAAAUCCACAACUUCCUCUCCCUCUGUAUUGGAAUCCUCUCCCCGAAUGAAAACUGUCUCCACUGCUUCCUCAAACUCAACCUCAGGCCCAUCAGAGAUUGCCAUCAGACUCCCCAUCUUCUUCAUAGUGCUGAUUCUGCCUGGGAUCAUUGCAACUGUUCAUUUAGUGAGAAGGAGGAAGCAGACGUGUAGAGAGGAUCCCCCAGCAAUUGAACUACAGGAACUGAAUUAACAUGGAGAACCCAGAAUGGUCUACAUGACUUUAUGUGAAGACACUGGCUUUAUUUUGAACUUAAUUGAGGAAAAGGUGUCACCUGUUAAUUGGUGUUAAAGUGUAAUUGUAGUUUUGCUUGUGUAAUAGUUUUUGUGGCUGUAUCGACAUCAC